AUGACUCCCAAGUCCCGAGGCGUGGUCCUGGCGCCACCUCAUCACGCACCCAGCGCCGUCCGCCAAGCAUGGAGCUUCCCGUCCAUCUGGAUUGGAUACGGAGGUAUCAGCCUUGGUUGCGAGCAUGUUGGUGCCAUCGGCUCGCUGGAAUCGCCAUUGGUCGGCCAUUUCACCCGCAAUGUAGUCCACUUCGUCUUUUCGUCGCUCGAUGCUUUCAAUGUCGAUGCAAACCCUGGUAAUGCAAUGCUAGAGGAUAGCACCAGCCAUUUGCCCCGGCCUAGAUAUAUCAAGAGGGUCUAA